AUGGCAUAAUCUUUAAGUUCUUAAUUGGGCUAAUUACAACAUCAAUAAAAACAAUAUGCAUCGCUUCUCUACACAUAAUAAGUGAGUGCUAAAACAGAUUUGGAUACAAUCUAUUAUCAAGGUUGUAAAGGAAUGAAUAAAUUGACUCAAAUAGACACUCGAUUCUCCAGAUUCCAGGAGUCAUUAUUCAACGUCUAAAACAAAGGCAUCACAAGAUAAUUGUAAACUAAAUAGCAAAAUGCUGAUUUGGAUAAAGAAAUUAGAUAAUGCUUAUUAUUGAUGUCAUAAUAUUGGACAUUUGAGGGCACACAUUCUGCCAUGGAAUACCUGCUAAGAAAUUACAGAGUUCAUGAAUAUUUGGUUGACGAAGUUAUAAUCUACUUCUUAGUUUAUCAUAACACUAAGUUAUAUGUUAGAUUAUUGCAAAAUUUAGUAGAUUAACAAAGGAAUUCUAUGUGGGCAUUCCUCUAUGAACCAAUCAGCAGAGGACAAACUAUCCCAAGAGAUUUGUUAAUCAGACAAAUGCAAUUGGAUUACAGAAUAUUGAAGAAGAUUAUUGAUUAUCAAUGCUUAUUACUAUAGAAAGUAGAAGUAUAGGAAGAAAUCGUAUUUACAGUCUAAGAUUACUUAUAUACAGAACAAGAGAUUCAAAAUAUUAAAUUAAGAUAACCAAAUUAAUUAGCUUUUCUUUAUUCUAUUUUAUAAGACUUAAAAGUCACAACCGGUUACAUGGAUUAAUUGAGAGGUUCAUUUGGCAAACUAUUGGCUUUAUGUAUUGAAAAUUGCACUGAUGAAAAUAAGUCAUUUGCAUAUCUCAUAUUUAAUCUAUAAUUGUUUGAUCCCACUAAAAUUUUGUUGACUGAAAACCAAAUUGAAAAUACAGCUUAAUGGAUAUACUCUUAAGUCUAACAUAAUGACAAUCUUUUGGAUCUCGCUAUUUUAUUCUAUUAAUUCGGUAUCAAAACCACAUAUGAAACCUCUUUAAUUUUACUUAGCAAAGAUCUCUCCAAAUUCUUCAAUAAUGGUUUGCUUUUAAUCGAAAUCAUUAAAUAAUUGAAGGAUAUCCAAAUACCAGAAAAACAAUUACAUUAACUAAUUUUCUAUUUGAAACAUUAAUUAUCAAAGAAUGAUACUCACUUCUUAGAUUCUAUUGUAUCCAUAAUGCAUGAUUAAAUAAUCACCGUUGUUAGACCUUAUUUAUAAGAUACCUAAUACAAGCACCUAUUUCCAAAAUCAAAUCAAAUUCAUUUAACAUUUAACAAUUCAGAACAAGUGAUCAAACAAUUAAAUUAGAAGGACGCUGACCUUUCCAUUGGAACCUUGGUUAAUUUAAUUGAGGAUUCAUAUAACUAUUUCAUCAAGUCCAAAAAGAUUUAGUUUAUUAAAAUCUUGAAUCAAUCAUUAUAGAUUGCUGAAACACAAUUCCCACAAACAGUCAUGUUUAAUACUAAUAAACUUUAUGCAUUAAUCAACAACAUUUCUGAUCAAACUGAUAAUAGAGAUCUCAUUUAAAGUCUUUUACCAAUUUUUACUUACACUCAUACAAAACAAGUAGAUGCCAAUUAUUAUGAAUCAUUGCUCUUGUUAAAUGUUCAUUUUUAGAUUGAAACAAUCAAUGAAUUUUCAAAAUCAAAUAAAAUCUUAAAGCAAGUUUCAAACAAAGAAUAACUUAUUAAAUUAAUUUAACAACAAGAUGAAAAGUUGAUAGAAUCACUUUUGUAUAAUAAUCAAGUUUAAAAAUUGUUAAUCUAUAAGCAAUUAUAGAUUUAAUUAAGUUACAUUUUGUAAGAUGAAUAAAAAUUAUAGAAAUUCAUUAAUGAAUAUACAGAGGAUGAUUAAUUUAUUGCUAAAACAAUGUAAUCAUUAUCAAUCAUAUAACUACUAAAUUUAGAGAACUCUCUCUGCAUAAAAUUUAUAAAAUCUAUUGAAAUUGAUCCCCAAUUAUUUUUCAAUACUGAGUUAAAUCACUUAGGAUCCUUAAAGAUUCUAUUACAUAAAUCUAGCAGAAAUGUGAACUUCGCAUUUAAGCUAUUUUUAAUCUAUGACGAUUUAACAGUCGAAUAACAGGAACUUUACCUUUAAAUUGCAGCAGAAUUAAAAGAAAGUUUCAAAAGCGAUUUGAAAAUUUAGAAGAUUCAGUUUUCAUAAUCUCUAUUAUAAUAAACAAUUGGAUCAUUGAUUAAAAAUAGAAAGGAGGCUAAUUUCACUAAAACUCUUGGAAACUUAAAAGAUUAAAAUGCUCUUCUAGAUUUGUAAACUCUGUAUUUAGAAAAUUUCAAUGAUUUAAGAUAUAGAUAAUUAAGAUCAAUUUGUAGUACAUUUACAAAAACAAAACAAAGCAUCAAAUAAGAUAAAGUUAUUAGUCUUAUAAAGUUUAUUGAGACUAAUUUUAAGUAUGAUCUACUUUAGAGUUAUCUUAAUAUUUUAAAGUAUUAUGGUAGCAUAAAGGAUCAAAAUGAAGAAAUUGAUUUCUCAUUUUUGAAGAAAACUUUAUUCAAACUGCCAAAAGAUUAUUGUGCUGUUAUCAAUGAAUAUAUCAGUCAAGCAAAUUUAUUUAGUGCAGAAGUAAGAACUUAGAUGAUAAUUUAUGUAUUCUCACAUAAUUUAAAAAAUAAACAGAUAGUUGUCUAAGAUGAUUUAGAUUUUGAUCUUAUUAUCAGCCUAUUGGAAACUCCUAAUUUAGACAUCUUAACACAUUUAGUAGAUUUGUUGAGAGCCAACAUAUAACACAUCACUGUGGAAUCAAUAAGAAAAUGUUUCAAAUUGAAUAUCAAUUAGCCAGCACAAAUCAUAUUGAUCUCUCAAAUACUUUAUGAUUAUUUGGAUCAUCAUUAGAUAAACUUAUUAGAGGAAUGCUCUUCACUCUAAAAAAAGGUAUUAGAUUAAAAUUUGGAUUUGAGUUUACAAAUUAACUAUACUGCCACUACAAGUUGCAUCAGAUUAAUUGCUAAACACACCCAGAUCAAUAAAUGCAAAUCAGCAUUCAAGUCAUUAACAUAUCCAGAUAUCGCAACUUAUGGACAACAUAAUUCAUUGUUAUUUUACAGAAUCAUAAUUGAAUAGUUUUAGAAUCACAAUAUAAAGUACUUCAACUCUUGCAUAUUUGCUUACUUUAUUUCAUAAUUGAUCUAAAUAACCUCCACAAUGGAUGUAAACUAAGAAAUCUUAUAAAAUUUUGGACUUUUCUCAUUGGAAUAAUGGUGGGUAAUAAUGUAUAUUUUAUCUACUUAUUAUUUCACAAGUGAGUACAUAAAAUUAUUCAAAGAGUAAGUGAAUAAGUUCUCCCCUUAGAUUAAAUUACAUAUAUCAACAGCUCUUGCUGAAUCAUUAUUUUAUAGAACAUAAAGACACCAAAAACUCUUAUAGAUUAAAUUGAAUCAAAAGCUAACCUAACUUCAAACACCAAAUUUAGAAUCUUGCAUCAAGAAAGUAGGCUUUUCUUUGAGAGGACAAAUAAAACCAAUUAAAAUUAAGCUUUCUCUUCUUAGAAUAUUAGAAUUAGUUGAAGAUUUACAAGCCUAGUUGUCUAAUUACUUAAUUCAAAGUGAUUUGAAUGCCAAAUAAGCAGACUAAUUGAAGAGUUUGAUUGUUCACAUUUCUAAAUUCUCUAAUGUUUUUGCUCAUUCAAAAUUAAAAGCUUUGAGUGAAAGAGUCAGAACUUCUUUAAUUCAUUCAAUGAAAAUAGAAACAUUGGUUCCUCUGAUCAAGAAUUGUAUAUCCAUUAAAAGUGUGUCCCAUAUCCUUUUACAAGCCUUUAAUGACAUAUUAAGAUUAGACUUAAUAAAGAUUUAAAAAUAACAAAUACAAUUAAUAAGAGAUUUAAUUUCUUAGAUUAUUAUUGAAAUUAGCUUACCAACACCCAAUUUAUCAACAGAAAUGCUGCUAUUACUAAAUUAUUUGUACUCAAUAUAAUUUAUUCAGAAACAAUUAUAAUAACAAGGAUAAGAAAUCAUGUCAGUAUUGAUCAAAUUAUUGGAUUCUUAAAAUGAAUAAGAUUAGUCUUUAAUCUUAAAUUUGUACUCAUUGCUUUCAUAGAUAGAUUCAUAUCCAUAUUUAAAUGAUUUAAAUCAAGUUUUUAAUAUGCUUAUCACUCUAUUAUGCAAGGAAGAGAAUAUUAAAAAAUUAGAUAACAAUUAAUUUACUUAUAAUACCGAAUAGAUCAUUCACAAAGUUUCUAAUAAACUUAUUUUGUUGAAUACAUCUUAUGCCUUAAUCAAAUCAUUCAAAGGAUUGAUAAGCAAAUAGCAUUUGACAGAUAUUUCAGUGCUAUAUUUGAUAGAAAGUGAUAAGCAAGGCUUCUAAUGCAUUUUGGAUAACAUUGAAAACAGAGUUCAUCUGGAUGUGUACAUAAAUAGCAUUUUAAAUUAAGCAAGAAAACUAAAACCAUUCGUCGUGUUUAAUUGUGUAGAGUACAUUGCAUAAUUAAUAUCAAAAUGUGAAUCAGAGUUGGUAUCAGAAUAGUUGAUGCAAUUAAAUAAAGAAGUUUAAUCUAUUUUUGAUUAUUCUAGAGAAUAAUAUAUUGAUUCUGAAUUAAAGAAUGGAAUAUUCGAGGCUGAUAAAUUGGAAUAUCAAAUAAAUCAAGUGUAUAUUGAAAUUGUUAUGAAAAUUAAUGAUGUUUCAUUUAAGAAAUUAUAUAGUAAUUUGAUUGCAUGGUCUAGAAAAUAAAUAUAAGAGGUUGGAUAUAAUUUCAAUAAAUAUAGAAGAAUCUAAUUUUUCAGAUUAUCCACUUAGACUAGUGAUAAGUUGGGUAAGUAUUUCACUAAAUAUUAUUCUUACAUUUGGGAUGCCAUCGUAAAUGAAUUGCAAACAUUCCAUAAUAUAUUUUAUGAGACACCUAAAUAAACAAAACUUUAAAAAAGAACAAAUGAUGAAUGCGAUAUGUAUUAUAGGUUAGAACUUCUAUUAAACAGACAUAUUUUGUAAUCAAUAUCUUCAUUGUGUCAAAACGAUUGUGAGUAAUUUGUUGACACAGAGAAAUUUGAAAAAUUAAGUGAUCCUUUAGCAUUAACAUUGGAUUGUCCUAAGGUUUAACAAUAUGAAUCAAUUCUAUAAUAUAUUGACGAGUGGAUCACUCCAACUAUUUUAGCCUUAUUCUAAUUAAUUAAUGAUGACUAUAAAUGGAAGGAUCUCCAUUUAAAAAUAUUAUAAGUGAUAAGCAGACAUUCCAAUAAAAAGAAUGAAACAAGUUCUUUUAUCAUAAUUGCAAUUAUUAAAUUAAUUCACAGAUUGAUAGAUUAAUUAGAUGAAAGAUAUUUAGUAUUGAUGAAUGAUUUGAUUCCAUAUUUGCAUCAAUUAACAUCAACUAAUUUAAAUUCAGAAGAGUUGGAAAAAAGAGUUAAACAAUUAAUUGUUAGAUUAUCAUAAUUAAGUGGGGAAGAUAUAGUAACAGCUCUAAAAUGA